UUCAUAUCUAUGUACUGCUAUCUUGUUUCCUCAUCAGGUUUGCAUUGAGACAUAUGUAUCUAGCUGUCACCAGCGGAGCAUUAACACCGCUGUGCGGGCAACCCUCAGCCAAAUGUUGAGUGACUUGACUUUACAGUUACGACAAAAGCAAGAAAAUAUGACAAUUGAAAACCAUGACGCCUUGCAGAAAUUCAAGGCUCAAGGUACUUCAGCUGAGUCUCUUUGUGAUGAUGUUGUAUCUGUCCUCACUGUGCUCUGUGAGAAGCUCCAGGCUGUCAUAAAUGACAACCGGCAACUUCAGCUUCUUUACUUGGAGUGCAUCCUCUCCAUGUUAAACAGCUCCUCUCCCAGCAUGCACCAGCACAAAGGGUUCACUGAUCUCAUAUGGAAGCAACUGUGUCCAGCCCUAGUAGUAAUCCUGGGAAAUCCAAUCCAUGACAAAACUAUCACCUCUGCCCACAGCAGCAUCUGCCUUGAGGCUGAUUCACCUUCCUCAGGGAUCUCUGAUCAUGGCCGAGGUUCAGGUUGUUCCUCCACAGCACCUGCCCUCAGUGGGCCCGUUGCACGGACCAUAUAUUAUAUUGCAGCAGAACUGGUUCGACUGGUGGGGUCAGUGGAAUCCAUGAAGCCUGUGCUGCAGUCACUCUAUCACCGGAUAUUGCUUUACCCACCACCUCAGCACCGAGUAGAAGCCAUCAAAAUUAUGAAGGAGAUACUUGGCAGUCCUCGGCGGCUUUGUGAUUUGGCAGGGCCCUGCUCUUCUGAGUCAGAAUCCAGAAAGAGGUCUAUUUCUAAAAGGAAGUCCCAUCUGGAUCUUCUCAAGCUCAUCAUGGAUGGGAUGACAGAAGCAUGCAUCAAAGGUGGUAUUGAAGCAUGCUAUGCUUCAGUGUCUUGCGUCUUUGCCCUGCUUGGAGCAUUAGAUGAGCUGAGCCAAGGGAGGGGUCUUAGUGAAGAGCAGAUCCAGCUGCUGCUCCGUCGCUUAGAAGAAUUGAAGGAUGGGACCGAGACAAGCAGAGACUCCAUGGAGAUCAAUGAUGCUGACUUCAGGUGGCAGAGGCGCAUCCUGUCCUCAGAAAAUCCUGCCUGGGAAUCAGGAAAUGAAAAGAGUCCUGAUAUUAGCAUUAGCGUUACCACAGACACUGGUCAGACCACUUUGGAAGGGGAUAUGGGACAGACAACUCCAGAGGAUAAUCCAGAAAGUCAAAAAAACUCACUGCCAUCUCCAGCUGGACACGAAAACAAAGAGAUUCACUGUAGAGAACCAGAGUCAGAAACCAUCGACCAGCCAGAUGUUGUUCAGAGAAGCCACACCAUAGUCUAUCCAGAUAUAACUAACUUCUUAUCAGUUGAUUGCAAGACCCGGUCCUAUGGAUCCAGAUACAGUGAAAGUAACUUCAGUGUAGAUGAACAGGACCUUUCGAGGACUGAGUUUGACUCAUGCGAUCAGUAUUCCAUGGCAGCAGAGAAGGACUCAGGCAGGUCAGAUGUCUCAGACAUAGGCUCUGACAAUUGCUCUCUGGCUGAUGAGGAGCAGACACCACGGGAUUGUCCAGGUCACAGAUCCUUACGUACUGCUGCUCUCUCUCUGAAAUUGCUGAAAAACCAAGAAGCAGACCAGCACAGCGCACGGCUGUUUAUCCAGUCACUUGAAGCUCUUCUACCUCGGCUUAUAGCUCUUCCCAGCAUAGAGGAAGUGGAUGGAGCACUGCAGAGCUUCUCUUCAACCUUCUGCUCAGGUAUGAUGCACUCACCAGGAUUUGAGGGAAACCUAAAUUUCAGCUUCCAGACUCUGAUGAAUGCAGACAGUCUCUACAUGGUCUCACAUUACACUCUGCUGCUUAACCUAAAAUUGGCCAACUCUGAUUACUACAGGAAGAAGCCUGCCCAAGCCCCUGUGUUGCUGAAGGAGUUCAUGAAGCAGGUCCAGUCCAGUGGAGUGUUGAUGGUAUUUUCCCAGGCCUGGGUUGAAGAACUGUACCACCAGGUACUAGAAAGGAACAUGCUGGGGGAAGCUGGAUACUGGGGAAGCCCUGAAGAGCACAGCCUUCCACUUAUCACUAUGCUGACUGACAUCGAUGGUUUGGGAAGCAGUGCAAUUGGUGGCCAACUGAUGGCAUCCGCUUCAGCUCAAUCUCCUCUUUCCCAAAACCGGAAGACAGAUGAUUCUGUUGUUGCAGGAGUUGCUUUUGCCCGAUAUCUUUUAAUCGGCUGUUGGAAGAACUUGAUUGACACUUUGUCCACACCACUGACUGGCCGCAUGGCAGGCAGCUCCAAAGGGCUGGCCUUCAUCUUGGGAGCAGAAGGAGCCAAGGAGCAGAACCAAAAGGAGAAGGACUCCAUCUGCGUGAGCCUGGAUGGACUGAGGAGGGCAGCCCGGCUGAGCUGUGCUCUAGGAGUUGCUGCUAACUGUGCAUCUGCUCUUGCCCAAAUGGCUGCUGCCUCCUGUGUCCAAGAAGAGAAAGAGGAAAAAGAAAUUCAAGAGCCUAGUGAUACUAUAGCUCAAGUGAAACAGAAAGUGGAGCAGAAACUGGAGCAGAUGGGGAAAGCGCAGGGAGUCUGCCUGCACACUGCUCAUGUUUUGUGUAUGGAUGCAGUCCUUAACGUGGGCCUGGAGAUGGGAAGCCACAAUCAGGACUGUUGGCCUCAUGUGUUCAGGGUGUGUGAGUACAUCAGCACGCUGGAGCACACCCACUUCAGUGACGGUGCUUCCCAGCCCUCCCUUACCAUCACCCAGUCACAGCAGGCACCUGGAGGGCUGCACCCAGACUCUGAGCCUGGGGAGUCUCCCCAGGUACUGACCCCCGAGCAGGAGACCACCCUCAGCAGCAAUCCUGUCAUUCAGCCGGUUUCUAUCCAGGAACUCAUCAAGGAGAGCAGUAAGGGCAGAGCUUUUGACUUCCGUGGAGGCAGCCUGCUGUGUGGGACCAGUGCUGCCAAGGCUGUUCUCACGCUUUCCACUCAAGCUGACAGGUAA